UUGAUGCUACGCAGCAAGAAAUCUGUUGAAUCGCUGAUGAUACAGCCAGUUAUUGUGUCCAAAAACAGUUUCAGAUUGCAUAAAACGAUAGAAGUUUAGUGAAACACCAUUAGCUUUUCCACACGCAUAUAUACAUAUCUGAUGCAGAAAUCGGCGUUCUGGUGCUUGCCAAACAUCAAAAAACCAAGCCUCCGAUGCAACUGCACAACACCACAAGAUUGUGCAAAUACUGCGAGUAAUAUUCUUCGGGUGAGACAGAGGGAGAGAAACAGUGUAAAAACGCCGCUUGACCUGCCUUUUUCCGGACACACUACCAGCACCAAUCAGUUUUAUGAUCUGUUUUCCCUUUUGUGUGUGCCUCUUGUGUCCCUUUCCUCACUCCCAUUUGCAGUGAUUUUACUGGCUCACAAUGCCUCUGCCGCCUGCUUUCUCUGCCUACAACUGGGUUCACAUGAUCUUGCCUCUUUACAUCACCAGUCACACCGCACAAUUCCUGAUCCUUCGACACAGUUCAUGAGCUCACGCUCAUGCUUUCAAAGUAGAGCCGAGAUACACUUUUUCUCUCGACUUAACUCUAAAUCGUGGGUUAUGGUUUCAAGAUUAUGAAUGCGUCACGGAGGAGAUUAAGAAAUUGUGGUCCUGGUGAAUGAGAUGGGUGUCAAAGCUUCACCGCUAGCUGUGUAUAUACCACAAGAUGGGGUGGUUGUGUGUUUUUUGUUUUAUGUUUUUUUUUUUUCUUCGGCUUUUUUUCUAUUGUGGACAUUCGGGUGGAUAUUCGCUGUGUGAGAACCUCCCUGCCGUAAAAACUAGCGGCGUCGAAGACGCAGGAUUGUCCGAAGGGGCCGGUGCCCAGAGUACAGAUUUGUGGCCAACCAGUUGAGUUCAGGGCGGCCAAGUGGCGCCCUUCUCAAGUGCUGAAGCGAAACGCUGGGCAAGCCAAAGCGCCUUUGAACCAUUCUCAGUGAGAAAUAUCAUCUGGCAGAAAAGCCUUGUUGUCUUUGUAUCGCAGUACCUAGCUUUGUCAUGAUCGAUGGCCACGCGAUCGGUUAAAAAUUUCAAACCGACCCAAUUUGAUGUGAAAGUGGGUGAUCGGUCUCGUGGGGCUGGUGAAUUGAGAGGGAGAUUGCAAUGGCGGCCUUGCAGCGACCCGUUGUGGCGCUGCUCUGCACCAGCGGAGGAGUGCAGAGUGGUAGCCAGAGUCUGAGUAGUUGUUGCACAGGUGCUGUGAGGGAUGUUGCAGCUGUAGCGCAGCAUGGAGGGAAGAUGUGUAGGAUUGGAGCGACGCGGUGCGAUCGUGGAGAGGAAGAGAGCGCGCCGGGCUGUUCCGGGAGGAGAUUUGAAGGAGUGCGAGUUAGCGGAAGGGAUGUGCCGUCUGAUCGAAGGAGGUUCUUAGGCGCAAUUGCGUCUGCUGUUGUUAUGGACAAGGUUGCAGUUGAAGAGCGCAGCUUGCGUGUGGUACACGGCAAUGACAUGUCAGAAGAACAGGACGUGAUUGAGUUAGAGCGCGACUAUACGGGGACGAAACACAUUCCAAUUUUUGUCAUGCUUCCUCUCGACGCUAUUAACAGCAGAAACGAAAUUGACGACCUAAAAAGCUUGAGAAACGAUUUGAACAUGCUGAAGAAAACGAGUGUGGAUGGAGUUAUGGUGGACUGCUGGUGGGGUUUGGUCGAAGCCAAGGGUCCGAAAGUGUACGACUGGUCCGGUUACAAAAAUCUAUUCGAAAUUGUACGAGAAUUACAGCUGAAGCUUCAGGUGGUGAUGUCAUUUCAUCAAUGUGGAGGCAAUGUCGGUGAUGAUACUUUCAUCCCCCUACCUCAGUGGGUAAGGGAGGUUGGUAAAGAAAAUCCUGAUAUCUUCUUCACGAAUCGCAAAAAUAAACGAAAUCCAGAAUGUCUUACUUGGGGCGUUGACGAGGAACCGGUUUUGAGAGGUCGAACUGGACUUGAGGUUUAUCGUGACUUCAUGGAAAACUUCCGACAAGAAAUGACCGAGUUUUUUCACGAUGGAACAAUAGUAGAGAUUGAAGUUGGCUUAGGGCCUUGUGGUGAACUUCGGUAUCCAUCUUAUCCAGAAACCCAGGGAUGGGUUUAUCCUGGCAUUGGUGAAUUUCAGUGCUAUGACAAGUACCUUCUAAAAGGAUUGAAGGAGGUAGCGGAAGCACAAGGGCACAAAGGUUGGGGAAAACCUCCCUCCAAUACCGGCUCGUACAAUAGUAAGCCACAAUACACAGAAUUUUUCAGGGAUGGAGGAGACUACGACAGCUACUACGGCCGAUUCUUCUUGGGCUGGUACUCAAAAACCUUAAUUGAACAUGGAGACCGUGUUCUAAGUAUCGCCAUAACGGUCUUUUCUGGUACUAAAAUUGCUGCCAAGAUAUCAGGAAUUCACUGGUGGUAUCAGACUGCCAGUCAUGCUGCAGAAUUGACCUGCGGGUAUUACAACACAAGCUUCAGGGAUGGAUACAGUUCCAUAGCUCAGAUGUUUGCUAAACACAAGGCAACAUUCAACUUCACUUGUGUUGAGCUUCUUACAUCUGAGCAAAAUAAAUAUCACCCAGAGGCAAUGGCUGACCCCGAGGGACUUGUCCAGCAGGUUUUCAAAAGCGUUUGGGGCGCUGGCGUUUCCGUAGCCAGUGAAAACGCUCUCGCAUGCUAUGACAGGCGAGGCUACAAUAAAAUCUUGGAAAAUGCCAAGCCUAGGAUUGACUCUGAACGAAACGUGGUUUCAUUCACAUACUUGAGAUUGAACCCAGAGCUCAUGGAACACGACAAUUAUUUAGAGUUUACCCGCUUUGUAAGGCGUCUACAUGGAAAAUCCAUUUCCGAUCUCCCAGUGGUGAUGCCAAAGCCCAAAACGGUACCGAAAAUGGCUAAGAAACAUGAAAAGGUGUUGAAUCCAUUAAUUUCUGCAUCUAAGAUGUAAGAUUAGGUUUGGGUGGUACUCGGUUGAGCACUUCUUACCACAUAAGUCAGCUUCAGUCCUGUAUUGUUUCAGAAAUUACAAUUCAAUGUAAUUUUAUUCUUUCGAUGCAACAAACAAGCAAGAGAUAGCGUCAUUGAACCUUAUUUCCAAAACUAUGGGGUUUUUGGUUACCUGA